AUGGCUAGAGACGCCAAAGAUAAAGGCUCUAUAGUCUUCUUUCAUCCUGAUCUCGGCAUCGGUGGUGCUGAGCGUCUCGUUGUUGAUGCUGCUGUUGGCCUUCAGGAGCGUGGACAUCGCGUGGUGAUAUUUACGAACCAUUGCGAUCCGAGCCAUUGCUUCGAUGAAUGUCGCAAUGGCACUCUUGAUGUCCGCGUUCGUGGCCACUGGCUCAUUCCCAUGUCCAUCCUCUCCCGCCUCACCAUCCUCUGCGCCAUUCUUCGUCACGUCCACCUCCUCAUCCACAUAGCUCUCACCGGGGAACUGCACGCCUUACAACCCCGCGCCUUCAUCGUCGACCAGCUAUCCGCCGGCCUCCCUCUGCUGCGCUACAUCGCCCCCGCCUCCCCAAUCCUCUUCUACUGCCAUUUCCCCGACCUGCUCCUGGCGCAAGGCCGCGAGUCCGCCCUCAAGCGCCUCUACCGACGCCCAUUCGACUGGCUGGAAGAAUGGACCAUGGGAUUCGCGAGCGCCGUGGCUGUUAACUCCGGCUUUACAAAGGGUGUUGUUGACAAGACGUGGCCAAACCUCAAGAAGCGUACGGAAACAAAGGUGGUGUACCCUUGUGUGGACACUGAGUCUAAGAAGAUCGAGGAUGUUAGCGAUGAUGGAGAUGUUUCGUUCAAGGGAGAAAAGGUUAUCCUGAGCAUCAAUCGCUUCGAAAGGAAGAAGAACAUCGGUCUUGCGAUCGAGGCCUUCGCCGCGAUCCCUGAGGCUGAGCGCAAAGGUUGCCGACUCAUCCUAGCAGGUGGCUACGAUCCCCGCGUCUCCGAAAAUGUCCAGUACCACUCUGAACUUGAGGCACUAGCUUCCUCCCACUCUCUGGAGCACCUCACCAUCAAGACCCUCAUAACCGCCCAGACUGUGCCCGUUACCGUCCCAGUUCUCUUCCUCCUUUCGAUUCCCAAUACUCUCAAGGAUGUGCUUCUUCGUUCCGCGCGCAUUCUCCUGUACACACCCGCCAACGAACAUUUUGGCAUCGUUCCCCUCGAAGCCAUGCUCACCCGCACACCAGUUCUGGCUGCAGAUUCGGGUGGUCCCGUUGAGACUAUCGUCGAUGGGGAGACUGGGUGGUUGCGAUCGCCCGAGGAUGUGGACGCCUGGGCCAAGGUCGUGCGCAGCGCGUUGAAAUUGAGAGGUUCUGAGGUGCAGGCCAUGGGGGAGAAGGGUGCUACGAGAGUCAAGGAUUUAUUUGGAAGGGAACAGAUGGCGAAACGAUUCGACGAGAUCCUAGACAACAUCGUUGCCAAGAAACCCCCAGUAUCCGCCAUGAGGACCGUCGUCAACGCCGCUGGAAUCUUGCUUGUAUGUCUUGUAGGGUUAGUAGCUUCAGCACUUAUCGCUCAUAUGGGCAAACAAGCUGUGACGCCAGAAUCUGCAGCUUGA